AGCUUAAGGGAAAGGUGAGAAGUUGAGUUUUUCAUGAACGAAUCCACGGAAAAGAAGGAGAAUAAGUACACAAGUCAGACAUUAACUAGUUGCGAGAUCAUACAUUGACGCGGUAGUGAUCACCAUGCUCGUGAUCUCGCAGCCACUUUGGCUGUUGGGUGUGGUUGUGGACGUGGAUGUGAACCUCGUGAGCAACAUAAUUGAGCUCUCUCUGCUUGCUGGCAUCCAAUUGACCAAAAUCACGGCCACUUAGCAGCUUCACUUUCCAUCUUCCAUUUCACCUUCCCCUGAAUUCGUCACACCGUUGGUCUUUGCAGCUCGAGCUCAUACGUUACAGUCAGUGACCUCUUACUGGAAGAUCAAGGUGACAUCCAUCUUCGUUGUGCUCUCGAUUGUGCAGGGUAUAUCGUUCAAUGGGGUGCUUCAGCUCCAAGCCGGAUGACGCCAGUGCCAUUAGGAGGCGACCGGCGAGCAUCGGCGAGGUGGCCGUGUUUGUGCCCGGGUUGCGGGUCCCCGAGCCCUUGGAGCUGCCUCCGCCACCGCUCACCGACAGCCUGCCGAGGAGGCUCACCGAGCGUCUGGCGUUGUCGAGGGGCCGGAUCGCGGCCAUGGCCGCUCGCGAGGCGCUGGCCGUGACCAGGCCCCGGAGACGCGCCAUCACACAGCAUGGUGGCUCCACGUCAGCUGAUCUUGUGCAGGCUCUGGAGGAGUACUUGCCAGUUGUUCUAGGAAUGACAAAAGAUGGGAGCCAGUUGGAAGAUAAGAUACAGUACUCAUGGAUGAACCAGGAAGAUGAUGCAGAGGAAACGGCAUUAACCAGUGCCUGGUACGAGGUGCUGUCAGUGCUGCACAUGAUGGCGAUGUUGCGUUUAUCCCAAGCAAAUUCGCUGCUCCUUCCCAAGACAUCACUCGAGGGGUACCACACCAAAGUAUCUGAAGAGAACAAGCGAGCUUCAGUGGAGAUAUUCCUCAAGGCAGCCGGGCACCUAGAGUGCGCCAUGCAGCAUGUUCUUCCCAGGAUGUCGCCUGAAAAGAGGAAAGGUCUUCCUGUGGACUUGUCUGAAGGUGUCCUGAAAGCUACCUGCAUGCAAGCCCUUGGUCAGGCGAUCGAUGUUCAACUUGGGCUGGCGAUCGACAGCCCAAAGGCCACCCUGGCAGUAAAAAGGAGGCUGGCAUGUGAGAUGGUCAAGUGCUGGCAGCAGGCACAUGAAAGCAUUGCGGACCUACCCCUGCUCGACGGCUGGGGCGAGAAGCACAGACUCUUCAUCAAGUGGAAGCACAUGGAAGCAAAAGCCGCGGCGUACUACUACCAUGGGCUGAUCCUGGACGAGGGCAACAGCGAGAAGUCUCACCGGGCGGCCGUGGCGGCACUGCAGUCCGCGGAGGAGUUCCUGAAGGAGAGCCGAGCCGCCAGCGAGGAGUUCCAUGCCGCAUCCCCUGUUUCAAAGAGCCCAGUGUUGUGGGGAUCGAUGAAGUACCUACACGACAAGAUCCACAAGGACUCCUCCUGCAAAGUCCGCAUCAACAAGGACCUCUACAGCAACAUCGACAGGACGACUCAUGAGACGGCGGCGCCAGAGCUGCCGGACUUCGCAGUGGCUCUCAAGCCGGAGGACUAUCGGCUUCCUCGCACAGACGCUGCUUCUGUAAAUGACUAGCUACUAGGGCAUGCAUGUAUGCAAGUCUUUUAUUCGCUAGAUAUACGGAGUAGUAAUUAAUCGGACAUGUACCUUGGAUGGAUGGAUGGAUGGAUGAUUAAUUUGUGAAUCAAAUCGAAUGGUGACCUGAAACAUACAUUCAUACA